CUCUCAAGCAAUCCCGCCCCGACUCUACCAUAACCUCCUCAAUACACACUCUUGCCCUGCAAUUCAUGAAGCUGCGCAGCGGACCUCCAUAACCAUGAGUUACAGCAAGAAAGACGAAGAUGGUGAUUCAGCCAUCAUGCGGGUGGACAGAACCUCUGUCUUCCAAGAAGGUCGGCCAGCCUGGCGUUCGCCCUCCUCCCCUCAAGCUUCAACUGACAUCUGCCAGCGCGACUGUUCAAUUCGUCUCCAAUACAACCUCGAAGAUGUCGAGUACUUCUUACCAAGAUUGCCCUUCUCCUCUAUACCGGCGAGCGUUUCCCCACAAACGAAGCAACAACCCUCUUCUUCGGGAUCUCGAAGCUGUUCCAGAACAAAGAUGCCAGCUUACGGCAGAUGGUUCACUUAGUCAUUAAGGAGCUAGCUCACUCGGCGGAGGAUAUUAUUAUGGUUACAAGUACGAUCAUGAAGGAUACCGGUGGUGGAACGGACGCCAUUUACAGACCAAACGCCAUCCGAGCCUUGUGUCGUAUUAUCGAUGUAAGACAAGACGAGCACUUGGGAAGAAUUUAACUAACGUGAGCAGGGCUCUACCGUUCAAAGCAUCGAGCGUGUCAUGAAGACAGCAAUUGUCGACAAAAACCCCUCAGUCUCCUCGGCAGCCCUCGUUUCCUCAUACCACCUCCUUCCAAUCGCGCGAGACGUCGUGAGAAGAUGGCAGAGUGAGACACAAGAAGCAGCAAGCUCUACCAAGUCUUCUGGGGGAUUCUCAUUGGGCUUUUCUACAUCUUCGAGUCAACAGCCGGUGAAUAACUCCACCAUGUCGCAAUAUCAUGCAAUUGGAUUGCUGUACCAGAUGAGAAUGCACGACAGGAUGGCAUUGGUCAAGAUGGUCCAACAAUUCGGAGCAGCAGGCGCUGUUAAAAGUCCGGCUGCUACCGUUAUGCUUGUCCGACUCGCAGCACAAUUGGCGGAGGAGGAUCCACAACUUCGAAGACCAAUGAUGCAACUCUUGGACGGCUGGCUCCGACAUAAGAGUGAGAUGGUUAAUUUUGAGGCAGCAAAGGCCAUCUGUGAUAUGCGAGAUGUCACUGAUGCUGAAGUCACCCAAGCCAUCCACGUUCUCCAACUCUUUUUGACCUCUCCAAGAGCAGUCACUAAAUUUGCUGCCAUUCGAAUCCUCCACAACUUCGCCUCAUUCAAACCACAAGCCGUUCACUCCUGCAACCCCGACAUCGAGCUCCUUAUCUCUAAUUCUAAUCGCUCAAUUGCUACCUUUGCCAUUACUACUCUUCUCAAAACCGGUAACGAAGCCAGUGUAGAUCGAUUGAUGAAGCAAAUCCAAGGUUUCAUGGCAGAUAUCACGGACGAGUUCAAAAUCACCAUCGUGGAAGCUAUCCGGACAUUAUGCUUGAAAUUUCCUAGUAAGCAGGCUGGUAUGCUUGCGUUCUUAAGUGGAAUAUUGCGUGAUGAAGGAGGAUAUGAGUUCAAGCGUGCUGUUGUAGAAAGCAUGUUUGAUUUGAUCAAAUUCGUGCCGGAUUCCAAAGAGGACGCUUUAGCCCACCUUUGCGAAUUUAUUGAAGAUUGUGAAUUCACAAAACUCGCCGUCCGCAUCUUGCAUCUUCUCGGAUUAGAGGGACCAAAAACAUCACAGCCCACCAAGUACAUCCGAUACAUUUACAAUCGUGUUGUACUUGAGAAUGCCAUUGUCCGAGCUGCUGCUGUCACAGCUUUGGCCAAAUUUGGAGUUGGCCAGAAGGAUCCAGAGGUCAAACGUAGUGUUACAGUACUUCUUACACGAUGCUUAGAUGAUGUUGAUGAUGAGGUUCGUGAUCGGGCCGCUCUAAAUUUGAGAUUGAUGAAAGAGCCAGACGAAAUGGCUGAUCGGUUUGUCAAGAAUGGUAAUUUUUCAAAGCAGACUCAGUGUUUCAGAGACUAACCUUGUAACAGAAAACUCAUUUGCUCUCCCAUAUUUUGAGCAUCAGUUGGUCAUGUAUGUCACUGCGGACGACAAAUCCACUUUUGACAUUCCAUUUGAUAUCGCCGCCAUUCCAGUCGUAACCAAGGAACAGGCAGACGCAGAAGACCGAUCUAAGAAGCUCACAACUGUGACACCUACCAUCAAGGCCCCCAAGGCCGGCCCCACCAAGGCUGCGCCAUCAAGUGCAGAGGCAGUGGCAACGGCUUCCGCUACAGCUCAGAAAUACCAACAAGAACUUCUCCAGAUACCAGAAAUGAAAUCAUAUGGCAGCGUUUUGAAAUCGUCGUCUGUGGUAGAAUUGACGGAAUCAGAAACAGAAUAUGUUGUUAAUGUUGUCAAGCACAUCUUCAAGGAGCACAUUGUUCUCCAAUAUGAGGUCAAAAACACUCUCCCUGAUACGGUUCUUGAGGAUGUCUCGGUUGUAGCCACACCAUCAGAUGAGGAGGAGCUUGAGGAAGAUUUCAUCAUCCCAGCUGCCAAACUCGUCACAGAUGAGCCGGGGACAAUCUACGUUUCAUUCAAGAAGGUUAAUGGAGAGGGAUCUUUCUUUGCCAGUACUUUCACCAACAUUUUGAAAUUUACGACGAAGGAGAUUGAUCCCACUACAGGAGAGCCUGAAGAAAGUGGCUAUGAUGACGAAUAUCAAGUUGAAGACCUUGAGCUCAAUGGCAGUGAUUAUGUUGUUCCAGCCUUUGCUGGCAAUUUCAACCAUAUCUGGGAGCAAGUUGGUGCAGCUGGGGAAGAGGCAGAGGAGACGCUCCAGCUCAGCGGCGUGAAGAGUAUUGCAGGUAGGCUCUCAAAGAAGACUCGUGAAGGAAAAAUUACUAACAGCUUUCCAGAUGCCACUGAACAGCUCACGAAGACUCUUUCAUUACAACCUUUGGAUGGGACUGAUGUACCAAUUAACACAACCACACACACACUCAAGCUAUUUGGAAAGACUGUUACUGGUGGAAAGGUUGUUGCCAACAUCAGAAUGGCAUACUCCACAAAGUCUGGAGUCACCAGUAAGAUUGUUGUUCGCAGUGACGAGGAAGGGAUUGCCGCAUUGGUUAUUGGGUCUGUUGCUUAAGGUAUAGCGGGUUUUACGGAGUUGAGCAUUGAUGAUACAUCUGAAUGGUGGAUGCGAGUGUCUAGAUCAAGGAUUUUGAAAGCCUCACCACACAGAUGUUGGGCUUUUCUGAGUUCAAGCGGAGUCCAAGGGGUUACAAAAUUCCAAUAAAUUCAAUGAAAAGACUAUUCCGUAGGUGUUGGAGUCAUUGUAUUAGUUGUGAAGAAAAAAACA